GUUAUGAGUGUCUGUUGGUUCCGAUUCGCACCGCACGUGAUCAAAAGAAAUAUGGAGAGUGUGCGCCUCGCCAGUGCCUAUACAUGCAAAAGCAAACCACCCACGCCACGCAAAAGCAUCAGAAGGCCAUGUCAUGUGUACACACGGACAGGAAAAGUAACGUCCAAAUAGACCAUCCCACCGUUCGUCAACUAUCGGUCUUGUCUCGGGUCUGUCUACACUUUCAUGUCAGUCUCCCCUCGUCUGGCUCUGUGUCCCUCGUCGCCUCAGCCAAGUCAGCACGGAGGGUCGCUAGAAACGAAUCUAGCUCCGCCAGGCUCGCCUCAAGAUGCUCAUAGCUAGCCACACCACGCCCCUCGCCACCUUGCGUAUCGUCGGUGUCCUCCUGGAAGCGAAGGGAUCCUUGCACCGAUAUGCUCAGCAGCUGGGGAGGCUCCAGCGAUGCAUGGCCGUGAGACUCGCCUGCCUGGCCUGACGCCGCCCCGGAUCCUUGGGAUGGGGGAAGCUCCCGGUCGUCGUGUGUCGGGACGAUGUCUGGCGGGGCCGAGAUGGCGGCCGGCGAGUCUCCGGGGUGCCGCAGGGAACGGCCUGGCUCGGCAGAUGGCGGCUGGGAAGCCGACUGCUGAACCGCAGCCACGUCGUUCUUGACACUACGAUCAAUCUGAAGGAAUGGACACACACCCCAUCGAUGAACGCGACGUGUUCCAUCCAUCGUGCAUUCAUCUCAGAUUUCGGGUGCGGGCAUGCCAUGUGUUGGAUGCGAUGUGUUGUGUUGGAGUAGUGUUUACUCACUUGUUCCAGCUGGUUGUCAAUCUCCGCCAGAAGCCUCUCUAUCUGAACACACAAAUAAAUCAGAGACGGGUGUGGUCGGGUCGCAGCAAGGUGAGGGAACGCGAACUGACUUGUCCUGUCUGUCACUCACCUCCGCUGUCUCUAUGCUGGCAGGUGAGGCCUCGUCUCCCUGGCCAACACGACCCCACUGCCCGGCUCCCACCCCACCCGACACAUCCCCGUGCACACUGGCCGGCAGCGAAGGGGAAGGAGCCUGUACCGGCGGUUGGGGAAGAGCCACACGGACCUGAACACCGGAUGCUGCUGUAUGGUCCGCACUCGUCGUCACAUCCCCAUGGGCCAUCCUCUCCCUGUCCUGCGGCCUCUGCUUGUCCUCCUGAUCGGCGGCACGCUUGACUCUGCGGCGCUGCUUCGGAAGUGGCACUCCCACGCCCGCACCCGCACGCACGCCUACACCCACAUCAGCACCUUUCUUGUGAGAAGACUUGACGGCGGCCUCCUCCGCGGCCGACUUGCCCUGGACAGGCCGCUUCGUCUUGUGUGUCUGGGGAGGUGCCCGCACCCCUACAGCCGACAGGUGACUCGGAUACCUCCCGUUUGUCGCCUCCGCGGCCGUCUUGCCCCCCACGUUGUAUGUCUGUGCGAUCGUUCUGGCCUUUGGCGGGGCGCUGCCUGCCUGAGGCGCUUUGGUGGUGGCUGCCGGUCGCGUGGCCUUGGGAGCAGAUGAAGGACGGGUGGAUGCAGGACGCACCGUGGUCUUGGGGCGCCUGGGGACGAUGCGCAAGGGGGAGGACGGAGGGGGUGGCGGAGGCCGAAGACUGGGACCACCAGUUGACGGGCGAGCAGGGGGUGGGGGCGCCUUCGCCUUGAGAUCCCUCGUUCGUCGAUUGGCAUCAUAGCGCGGUCGGUCCGAUGGGGUCUGCGCCCGCUUCUCCCUGGGCAGCUGUGGCACGGGCAGCUGCCCGGACAUGCUCUGGCCUCCCUGACCCGCCUCUCUCCUGACCGGCACACUAGCGGCGCUCCUGCGGGGAUCCGAUAGACGCUGCGCCGCGGUCUGGUGUCCCUUCAGUGGCUGGAUGGGCUUGCCCGCCGUCUGUGGUGUGGACCUCGCACUGGCUGGCCGUGGUCUGCUGAGAGAAAGGUCUCCCUGCAGGGGCACGGCAGACUUGCCUCCAGCCAGCCCAACGCCCGACAGCCCUCUCACAUGCGCCAACACUGGGACCGCCGCCUUAGCCGACGAGGUGGGGACGGAGGGGCCCCGACACGACGACGGACGAGCGGGCGAAAUCAGGUUGAGGUGCGACUUCUGGAUCAGCGGUGAGAAGAUAGGGAGCCCAGGGAUGCUGGCAGGGGUGAGAGAACGGGGAAGGACGGUGGAUUGACUGGGCUGCGCAGGGACGCCCAUCACCACUGUGUCGCGGCGGAGGACCGGCAAAGAGUGGGAGCGAAUGAGGGGACCUCGGGAAGCCGACGACACAGGAGGCUGAGAGGGGCCGGCCACCGCCGCGGUGACAGUCCCGGACGCCCGCGCAGGCUGAGUUUGUGGCUCUACUCUCGUCAAAUCCUCCACCUGCACUCCCUGCUCCUUCACGGCUUUGCUCGGCGCCUUCCGCACUGCCUUCUUGGCACCCCGACCCGCAGCCUUGCCCACCACCCUGCCGCCCUUCUUGGCCUCAGCAACCACCUUCCGACGGUCGUCCGAUUUGCUGUCCACCCACCGAAUGCCCUCUAGGCCAGCACCAGCAGAACCCUCGCGCGCUGUGACGUCAACGCUUGCCAUGUCGGUGGAAACAGAUGGCGCAGGGCGAGCCGGCUCUGCGGCUGCGACCCGGGCCUUACAGGGCGCGGGGGGCCAGAACAGGCCUUCGGGGGAGCGGCUGUGACGGUGAUAUGGGAGGUGUGACGGCCAAGGUGCGUCCAGAUCGACGAUUUUUCUACCUGAAAAAGGAAACAGGACAGAAGAAUCAUCACAGACGGUAAUCCUUCGCGUGUCCUUUUCAGUGACCGAGUAGAGCGUCCUUGGAUUGGGGGUUUGCGUCGUCGGCGCCGGCAGCUGGCCGCACGGGCGUCGGGCUGCACAGCACGGUCCUUCCCGCUGCCCUCAGACUUGCAUGCGGAGGCUUGGUGAGGGCAGUGAACGAUUGUCCAGUGGCCGCCACUCCUCUAGGACGCUCGCCAUCCAUCAGGUGGUCCACGUGCGUCAGAGGCCGCCCCUUGUCUUGAUCCAACCCCAGCUGAGCAUCCGACACAUGCAUGCCUCGGUAAGCUGCCUCUCCCGCCAGACGCAAGCUCUCCCUGGGGUGGUCCAACAUCCGAUGCCUCUCAUGACUAUCAGCGGCAGCCGAGGACGGCCGUUUCGCCCUGUCGGGGAGCUCAUCGCUCCAGUAAGGCUGCUCAAACUCCACACGUCCGCCAGCGGUGGUCAGCGGGAGCACUCCACCGCUCUCGUAUCUCCGCGACGACACCAGCGGCCUCACAGCGUCACCUCUUUCGACGUUUCGCACCGGCGAGGGCGGCAUGAGAGGCAUAGUCGACGUCAAGACCGGUGAUGCGGGCAGUUCAUGAGCCGGUGCUACAUCUGGUGCAGGCUGGAGGAUGAAUCGGCGGUGCAGCUCGGGAGGGGACUGGAGAUUGCCCAACAUCACGCUUCUCUGUGCCCUCCGC